GGCGAGCCCCGGUGCUGGGAAAAGGAGGAGGAGGAGCAGGAGGGAGCCCGAGCGCAGCGCUCGUCCCUCCCCCGCGCCCGCAGCCGGGCCCUGCCUCCCGCCGGCCUCCUCUCGCUCCGGGCGGCUGGGCCGGGCCAGGCCAGGCCGCAUCGGGCCACCCGCUCCGUCCCUGCCGGUUGCAAGGGACCAACGGUACCGCCGCCAUCGCGGGAGGGAGAACGGCCGGGCCUUAGCCAGCCUGUCCCGGGCAAAAGGGCUCCUGCGGCGGGAUGCGCGGCAAGGGAGAGGAGCCGGCGAGCUGCGGCGGGGUCUGCACCCAGGGCUGCGCCGCUGCCGCCGCAGAUUCCAGGGACCUGCUGAAGGAAUUUCCACAGCCCAAGAACCUGCUCAACAGCGUGAUCGGCCGAGCCCUGGGCAUCUCCCAUGCGCGGGACAAGCUGGUCUAUAUCCACACCAAUGGGCCCAGGAAAAAGAAAGUCACCCUGCACAUAAAGUGGCCUAAAAAUGUGGAGGUGGAAGGUUAUGGGACCAAGAAGAUUGAUGCUGAGAGGCAGGCAGCAGCUGCAGCAUGUCAGCUCUUCAAGGGCUGGGGCUUGCUGGGCCCCAGGAACGAGCUGUUCGACGCCGCCAAGUACCGGCUGCUGGCCGAGCAGCUGGGCUGCCCCGACGAGCGCUGGUGUUCCGAGGCCAAGUGGCGCUCCAAGUCUGGCCCCUCCCUGGCUGACCUCUCCACCUGCUGGCGCCGCAUGGAGCCUGACGACUCCAUCCAGCCCAUGGAGCAGGGCAGGAUGCCCAAAGCCAUGAGGAGAGAAGAACUGGAGGAAGGGGAGCUGGAGGAGGGGGAGCUGGAGGAAGGGGAGCUGGAAGAGGAGGCUAUCGAUGUAUCCGAUUAUCUCCCCAUGGCCCACCAGGACGCUCGAACCCCGGGCAGAGACGCAAGCCGAGGAGGGAGCUCCAUUGAGAUGACCGAUGACAACACUGCCAUCCGUGCACUGACACAGUUCCCUCUGCCCAAAAACCUCCUGGCCCAGGUGAUUCAGAUUGCCACCUCCUCCUCCACAGUCAAGGAGUACAUGCAGUUCCGCACAGUGGGCACCAAGACCAAGAUCUGCAAGCUGACGCUGCGCUGGCCCUGCCCCAUGACCUUCGCUGCCAAGGGCCGGCGCAAAGUGGAGGCAGAGAACAAAGCAGCAGCUCUGGCCUGCCAGAAGCUGAAGAGCCUGGGCUUGGUGGACAAGAACAACAACCCCCUCAGCCACGCCAUGUACAACAUGACCUCGCUGCGGGAGCUGGGGGAGAACCAGCGCAAGCCCUGCCACAUCAAAGUCCCUGAGGCCACCCUGCGCAAGAUCGAGAACUACUUAAACCAUUACCCAGUGGACAUCAGGGACGCCCGGCCCCGCAUUGCUGAUGACAUGAUGAACCUGAGCAAGGAGUCUGGUGCCAUCAGCGAUGCCAUCACAGGGAAAACCUACAUCCCCAUGCUGGAGGCAGAAGAAGUGCGCCUUAGCCAGAACCUGCUGGCCCUCUGGAAGAGGAGAGGAUCCUCCUGGCAGGAGAGCCACCCGCUGCCAGUAGAUCCUCACAAGGACACCAUCCUGUCAGCCAUCGAGCAGAACCCGGUGGUGGUGAUAGCAGGAGACACAGGCUGCGGGAAGACCACCAGGAUCCCUCAGCUGCUGCUGGAACACUACAUCCUGGAGGGCCGCGGCGCCCGCUGCAACGUGGUCAUCACCCAGCCGCGCCGCAUCAGCGCCAUCUCCGUCGCCCAGCGCGUGGCGCAGGAGCUGGGCCCCAACAUGAGGAAGAACGUUGGCUACCAGGUGCGGCUGGAGAGCAAACCGCCCGCCCGGGGAGGAGCUCUGCUCUUCUGCACCGUGGGCAUCCUGCUGAGGAAGCUGCAGGGCAACCCCAGCCUGGAGGGCGUCAGCCACGUGGUGGUGGACGAGGUCCACGAGCGGGACGUCAACACAGACUUCCUGCUCAUCCUGCUGAAGGGCAUCCAGAAGCUCAACCCCGACCUGCGCCUGGUCCUGAUGAGUGCCACGGGAGACAACCAACGCUUCUCACAUUACUUUGGGGAUUGCCCUGUGGUCAAGGUGCCAGGUUUCAUGUAUCCAGUGAAGGAGUACUACCUGGAGGAGAUCCUGGCCAAGCUGGGCCGGCACCGACACCGGCACUACGAGAUCAAGCAAUCAGAUGAUGAAUGUGUCCUUGAUCUUGACCUAAUCACUGACCUUGUGCUCCAGAUUGAUGCCCAUGGAGAACCAGGUGGGAUCCUCUGCUUCCUCCCUGGGUGGCAGGAGAUCAAGGGGGUGCAGCAGCGCCUGCUGGAGAUGCUGGGCUCUCAGAACAGCCGGUACCUCGUCCUGCCAGUGCACUCCAACAUCCCCAUGAUGGACCAGCAAAACAUCUUCCAGAGGCCCCCCCCUGGUGUCAGGAAGAUUGUCUUGGCCACCAACAUUGCCGAGACCUCCAUCACCAUCAAUGACAUCGUCCACGUGGUGGACAGUGGCACGCACAAGGAGGAGCGCUACGACCUCAAAACCAAGGUGUCCUGCCUGGAGACCGUGUGGGUGUCCAAGUCAAACGUGGUGCAGAGGCGAGGCCGUGCCGGGCGCUGCCAGUCAGGCUUUGCCUACCACCUGUUCCCUCGCAGCCGCCUGGACAAGAUGCCAACUUACCAGGUGCCGGAGAUCCUUCGCACCCCGCUGGAGAACCUGGUGGUGCAGGCCAAGAUCCACAUGCCGGAGAAAACGGCAGUUGAGUUCCUCUCCAAGGCCCUGGACAGCCCUGACAUCAAAGCUGUGGACGAGGCUGUGAUCCUGCUGCAGGAGAUCGGAGUGCUGGACCAGCGAGAAGCCCUCACCACCCUGGGCAAGCGCCUGGCCCAGAUCUCCACUGACCCUCGGCUGGCCAAGGCCAUCGUCCUGGCCUCCAUCUACCGCUGCCUGCACCCUCUGCUUGUCAUCGUCUCCUGCCUCACUCGCGACCCCUUCAGCAGCAGCCUGCAGAACCGCGCCGAGGUGGACAAGGCCAAGGCUGUCCUGAGUCGGGAGAGUGGCAGUGACCACCUGGCCUUCGUCCGAGCGGUGGCAGGCUGGGAGGAGGUCCUGAGGCGCAGGGACAGCCGGGCCAGGGACAACUACCUGCAGGACUACUACCUGUAUGGCCCCAGCCUUCGCUUCAUCAACGGCCUUGUCAAGCAGUUCUCCGAGAACCUCUAUGAAGCCUUCCUGGUGUCAUCUCCCUCCGACUGCACCAUGCCCUCGUCAGUCUGCAACCAGUACAGUGAGGAGGAGGAACUUGUCAAGGGUGUCCUCAUGGCUGGGCUCUACCCCAACCUCAUCCAGGUGAGGCAAGGCAAGGUGACACGUCAGGGCAAGUUCAAACCCAACAGCUAUGCCUACCGGACGAAGGCUGGCACCGUCCUGCUCCACAAGUCCACCAUCAACAGGGAGGCCUCCAAGCUGUACAGCCGCUGGCUCACCUACUUCAUGGCCGUCAAGUCCAACGGUGGUGUCUUCGUGCGGGACUCCUCCCAGGUCCACCCCCUGGCUGUGCUGCUCAUGACUGACACAGACAUCCAUGUCCGAGACGACGGCUGGCGAGCGACCGUGUCCCUGACGGACAGCGACCUGCUGGUGCUGGAGGGGGACUCCUACACCAUCCGCCUGCUGCGCGACUUCCGCCUCUCCCUCUCCAAGAUGGUGGAGACCUGCCUGUGCUACGAGAUGGCAGCCAUCCCCGGGGACCUGCACCACCAGCACAGCCAGCUGCUGGACAUCCUGGUGGAUCUGCUCAAGGGGCCUCCCGGCAGCUUCGGCGCGUAGGCUGCGGGAGCCGGAGCCGGAGCGUUCUGUGGGGACUUGUAAUUUGUAUACAGCUGUUGAGAAAUGUUUAUUUAAAUAAAGUUCUAUUUAUCCCUUGUGACGUCAUCUCUCGCCAUCCCAGAAGAGCAGCGGUGUCUCGGCCUCCCGCACGCUCACCGCCCAGCAGGGACCCGCGCGGCGGCCAGCGGCGACGCACCCCAGCGCCAGCUCCGACGACGCCCACCUCCUCCUGCCGCCUGGAGAGCCUGGGCAGGGCAGCCCCCACCGUCCUCUGCCCGUCCCCACAGGGCGCCGGAGCUGCUCCCGGGCUCCAGAAGAGGAUGGAUGUCCCAGCUCCAGAAGAGGACAGGUGCUCCAGCUCCAGGAGAGGAUGGAUGUCCUGGCUCCAGAGGAGGACAGGUGCUCCAGCUCCAGGAGAGGAUGGAUGUCCUGGCUCCAGAGGAGGACAGGUGCUCCAGCUCCAGGAGAGGAUGGAUGUCCUGGCUCCAGAGGAGGACAGGUGUUCCAGCUGUGGAAGAGGAUGGAUGUCCUGGCUCCAGAGGAGGACAGGUGCUCCAGCUCCAGGAGAGGAUGGAUGUCCUGGCUCCAGAGGAGGACAGGUGUUCCAGCUGUGGAAGAGGAUGGAUGUCCUGGCUCCAGAGGAGGACAGGUGCUCCAGCUCCAGGAGAGGAUGGAUGUCCUGGCUCCAGAGGAGGAUAAUUGUUCCAGCUCUGGAAGAGGAUGGAUGUCCUGGCUCCAGAGGAGGACAGGUGCUCCAGCUCCAGAAGAGGAUGGAUGUCCUGGCUCCAGAGGAGGACAGGUGUUCCAGCUCCAGAAGAGGAUGGAUGUUCUGGCUCUGGAAGGGGAUGGAUGUUCCAGAUCCACAGGACAGGUGUCCCAGCUCUGGAAGAGGAUGGACAUCCCAGCUCCAGGUGCUGGGCAGAGCAUGGAUCCAGCACAGCCCCACUGCAGGGAAGUGGACCAUGGUGGUGGACCUCCAGUGGUGAUCUUUGGUGGUGGACCUCACUUGGUGCAGGGUGAUGCUCCUCAGUGGUGAUCCUUGUUGGAGGAGGGUGAGUCCCUGUCUCCUCUCCCAGUGACCUGAGGACCUCCGAGAGGAGGAAGCCCCAGAGUUGCCAGCUGGAUGUGACAUUCCUGGCAGGAUCUCUAGGUCCCUUCCACGCCACGCAAGACCUGCCUGGCUCCUGCCCUGCCCUGUGCUCCUCAGCCUCUGGCCUUGAGAUUUGUUUUGUUUUUUGCUGUUCUUUCUUCUCCUGGUGCCAUAGAUGCUGGAUCCCUGCAGCCUGGGCUGGGCAGGACGUGGUUGGCCCACCCGCUCUUGGCACAGGAUCCCAUCAGAUCCCCGUGGAAGGAGGAUCCUGACGGGAGGAGAAGGCAGGAGCUGGAUUCCAGUGUGGCUUCAGAAUCCUUGCGGAGCCAGCACAGGGACCUGACCGACCAUGGGGCUCUGUGGGCCUUUGGACAGUGCCAGGGGGAGCGGGCACAGGAGAUGCUCCCUGCGGGGGGCUGGGAGUGCUGGGGUGUGUUCACCAUUUCUUAGCUCUUUGUACCCAAAACCGCAGCCUCUCAGCCUGGCACAGGUGUGGGGCUGAUCCCACAUGUGGGAACCCACCCCGAGAGGGGGUCCUGCUUUGGCAGCAUCCCCCAGGGCCCUGCCUCCUCGUGGGGUGGGGACCACGCUGGGUUCCUCCUUGGUUCCCUGCGAGGUUGAAGCUGAAUUUCCUAUUUCUGGGCCUCUGGGCCGGGAGGUGCCGUCGAGGGCCAGGGGCUUGCAGGAGCCCCACGGGUGUGGGGGUGGGGGAGAAGCACAAGGUGUGUGUGUGUGGGGGUUUCUGGAGGUGUUUCUGCUCCAGCCCCCUCCUCAGCCCCACUCCCCUGGGGCCCUGGCAGCCCUGCAGCCUGCGUUCACUCCGACUUCUCAUCUUUCAUUUCACUUGCUUGAGGUUGUCACUAUGAGUUGAGCAGUGUUCGUUUCUUUUCAGCCCCUGUAACGGGCGAGUUCCAGCUGGUGGGGAGGGGGAGGGGGAAAGGAAAGCCAAUAAAGGGGAGGGGGGGGGGAGGUUGUUCCCCUUCCAGCAGGUUGAAAAACAAAAACAACCAAAAGACAAAAAAAAGGAAAAAAGACCAAAAAGACAAAAAAAAGGGACAAAAAAGAGAAGCCUUUCAGCUCUUGUCUCCAUGGUUCCAAACUCGUGUGAUGUUGGGAUACUUCCGUGGCUGUUACGUGAUUCUGGAUCUUUUUACAACCUAGAGUAAAAGACAAUAAAAAGGGGUAGAGUAGUGA